AUGCCCCCCACACCGACGACCCCAUCGCGGUCCGGGGGCCCCCUGUCCCCCAAGGCCAUCGGCGCGAACGCGUCGCGCUUCAUUCGCCGGGUCGCGUCCGCACCGAACGCAAAGGGGCUGUUCGCGCUCGGCAGGUCAAAUGGGACGACAACGACAAAGAACGGCCUACUGUCGCCAGGGGACUCGGUCCCACCGAUGCCCGAGUCUGUGUCUGAACAGGGCACGAACUCGCUCGAGACAUUGUCUUCGGCUACCCAGGUAUCCAGGACCAAGGAUCGCGUCACCAAUGCGCAGACGUUAGAGGGCCCGGGGAAGAUCGCGUUCAGGAGGACAUACUCGAGCCAUUCUAUCAAGGUGAAAUCGGUGGAAGUGAGCCCGAGUAGCUUCCAUAAGCUCAAAAUGCUUGGAAGGGGAGAUGUAGGGAAGGUGUAUUUGGUGCGGGAAAAGAAGAGUGCCAAGCUCUUCGCCAUGAAAGUUCUCUCGAAGAAGGAGAUGAUCGAGCGGAAAAAGAUCAAGCGAGCUUUGACGGAGCAAGAGAUUCUUGCAACGGCAAACCAUCCGUUCAUCGUCACGCUCUACCACUCCUUCCAAUCGGAGAACUACCUUUACUUCUGCAUGGAAUACUGCAUGGGUGGCGAGUUCUUCCGCGCAUUACAGUCGCGACCCGGAAAGUGUCUCUCGGAGGACGCAGCACGGUUCUAUGCCGCAGAGGUGACAGCGGCGCUCGAGUACCUUCACCUCAUGGGCUUCAUUUACCGGGACUUGAAACCUGAAAAUAUCCUAUUACACCAAUCUGGUCACAUAAUGUUGUCGGAUUUCGACCUGGCAAAGCAGUCGAAUGAGCGCGGCGGUCGGCCCGCUAUGGUGCACACGGAGGAGAAUGGGACACCGCUGAUCGAUACAAGGGCGUGUACCGCUGACUUCCGGACGAACUCCUUUGUUGGGACAGAGGAGUACAUCGCACCCGAAGUCAUCCAAACUUCGGGCCACACAUCUGCGGUGGACUGGUGGACCCUUGGAAUCCUCAUAUACGAGAUGAUCUACGCGACGACGCCGUUCAAGGGUGUUGAGAGGAACGACACGUUCCAUAAUAUAUUGAACCUUCCAGUUCAUUUCCGAGACACGCCGAAGGUGUCACCGGCGGGCAAGGAUGUCGUCACGCGUCUCCUCGAUAAGCGCGAAUGGACUCGUCUGGGCAGCAAGAGCGGCGCCUCGGAGGUCAAGCAACACAAGUGGUUCGCCAAAAUCAAUUGGGGUCUCUUGCGGAACACGCAGCCACCGAUUGUGCCCACAGCGUCAAAUGGGGUCGACGCCGUCAACUUUCGGCAAAUGCACGAGUCGACAUCACUCAACCUCGAGAGGCAGAUGCCGAUCAAGGGCGUUGCGGGGUCAAGCGUGCCCGGGUCACCCGGUAUGCCAACGGACGACGGUUUGGACACCGUUCCGUCACAAGUCGUGGACGAAUUCAGCGCGUUUUCAAGUAUCACGCUGCAGUACGACGGCGAGAGCUAG